AUGUCUACAGUCAAUGCAGGGGCUGAAGCACCUAGCAAUGUACCCACAGUACACAGAAUGACCCAUUACAAACUGAAGAAAUUACACAAGCCUAGGGGGCCUGGUAAUGGUGAUAAAAAACAGUCAUGCUGGGGUUGUGGUGGUAAAUGGCCUCAUGACAAAAAGGAGAAAUGUCCAGCUUGGGGAAAAGAAUGCAGAAAAUGUCAUAAGCAGAAUCAUUUUGCUAAAUAUUGCAAGUCACAAGGGAGAACAGAAAAUAAUUUUAUUUCUACUGAACCAACCACAGUCUACUCAUAUGGGCAGGAAACAUAUAACGUUGACCUGUAUAGAACUGCAUCAAGUAUUUCCAAAACACAGCCAUAUAGAUACAACCUUCAACUGAAUGGGGUACCGACAACCAUGGAAAUUGAUACGGGGGCAGCAGUAAGUUUGAUAAGUGAGCAGCAGUUUAAGAAACUGAAAGUUGGUCAGCAAGCAUUACAACUACACACUGAGGGACUACCCAGAUUGAGAACAUAUGCAGGAAAUUGCAUUAACCCCUUAGGUCAGACAGAACUGGAGGCACGUGAAGCAGAUACCAUACAUAAAUUAAAAGUAUUGGUUGUACCAGGUAAUGGUCCAAACUUGAUAGGCAGAGACUGGUUAGAAAUAAUAAAACUAGACUGGCCACAAGUUUUUCAUCUUGAUGGAGAGUCAUGGAUUAGUAAACAUCCAAAAUUGUUCGAACCAGGAUUGGGAACCCUGAAAGACACUACCAUCAAGCUGCAUGUUAAUCCUGAGAUAACACCGAGAUAUAUGAAAGCACGUACUGUACCAUUUGCCCUCCGAGAUAAAGUAGAUAAAGAGAUUGAUCGCUUAGAAAAGGAAGGAGUCAUUAGACCUGUAUCUUACUCAGAUUGGGCUUCACCAGUUGUACCUGCACUUAAAGCGACAGGUGAUGACUACAAACAAACUUUAAACAAAGCCUUAUGUGUUGACAGAUACCCAAUACCCAAUGUUGAAGAUUUGUAUGCAAAGCUUGCUGGGGGUAAAUUCUUCACUAAGUUAGAUUUGAGUCAUGCUUAUCAGCAAUUGCUAUUGGAUGAGGAGUCACAGAACUUGACAGCCAUCAAUACUAACAAAGGUAUAUAUGCAUACACACGUUUACCCUACGGUAUAUCAGCAGCACCAGGUAUUUUCCAGAGAACCAUGGAACAGACAGUCCAAGGCAUAUCAAUGACAGCAGUUUAUAUCGAUGAUAUACUGCUUUCUGGACUUACCGAAAAAGAGCAUGAAAAGAAUUUAGAUGAAGUUUUGGAUCGCUUAGACAAAGCUGGACUCAAACUAAAACGAGACAAGUGUGUGUUUAAGAAACCAUCAGUCACUUAUCUAGGACAUUGCAUUGAUGCUACUGGUAUUCGUCCUACAGAAGAAAAGGUGGCAGCCAUACAGAAAGCUCCAGCGCCUCAGAACAGAGAAGAGCUUAAAAGUUAUUUAGGUCUCUUAAAUUACUAUCAUAGGUUCUUGAAGAAUCUUAGCACUGUUUUGGCACCACUGUAUCAACUUGGACAACAGAACACCAAGUGGCAGUGGGGGAAAAGUCAGCAGGAAGCAUUCAGCAAAUCAAAGGAACUAUUACAGUCGUCUCAACUGUUAGUACACUAUGAUAGUGGUUUGAAACUAACCUUGGAUUGUGAUGCUUCUCCAUAUGGCAUUGGAGCAGUCUUUCCCAUAGAAUGCCAAAUGGAAUGGAACAGCCCAUAG